UGUUACAGGCAGAGCAAGACAUGCGUACAUUUGGUGUCAGUGAUUUAUUCAUAAAAUUUACAUCCAAAUUUUGCCUUUUGACUCUCAACUGAAUCUGUUUCGGGAGAUAUAAAUGAGACUAAUUUUUCUACGACGUUGACAUUUUGUUUUUUGAGCAACCGUUGUGCAAAACCAGGAAACGUUAAGCGUGCACGUUCAAACAUAAGAUCGUUAUAAUAUUGUGAACGGUUAGGAUUUAUACCUGCAAACUGAUUGUUGUUCUCAUCCUGACAUCUGAUGACAUAUCUGAGGUUGGUCCAUGUAUCUAUUUCUGACCGUUAUCUCAAGAGACCACUGGUACAGCCUUGACACCGUGUCAUCAUGUUGAUAACACAUCUUGUGGGUGUUGAUACAUCUAGUAUAAUCCUUAUGAGUUUCAAUACAAACAUGAGAGUUUUGUCAGUUUUUCUGCUGUGGUUAAUGGUAUAUGUGCGAGGCGGACAUGCAGGGACCACGUGUGGUUUUAAGAGCUGUAACAAUGUGGAAGAUGGCAUGCUGAAUGUUCAUCUGGUUCCUCAUACACACGAUGAUGUCGGGUGGCUGAAAACAGUGGAUGAAUACUACUAUGGCGCUCGACUGGACAUACAAAGAGCAGCUGUCGUCUACAUACUCGAUUCUGUGAUACCCCAGUUGUUGCAAAACCCGUCGAGAAGGUUCAUCUAUGUUGAGAUCGCCUUCUUCUGGAGGUGGUGGGAGGAACAGACAGAGGAGAUGCAGACCACAGUGAAGCAGCUUGUUAAUGAAGGAAGGCUAGAGUUCACUCUUGGUGGAUGGUCUAUGAACGACGAAGGGGCCACUCACUACAAUGCGAUUAUAGACCAGCAUACUCUAGGACUCAGGUUCCUCAACUCAACCUUUGGACAAUGUGCCCAUCCGCGGGUUGCGUGGCAGAUAGACCCAUUUGGACACUCGCGCCAACAAGCAUCGCUCUUUGCUCAGAUGGGAUACGAUGCCUUGUACUUUGGGAGAAUUGACUAUCAGGACAAAACAACGAGGCUGAAUGAGAAAACAAUGGAAAUGAUAUGGAAGGGAAGCCCCGAAAAUAUUGGGGUAACAUCCGACCUGUUCUCUGGAACCCUGUUCAAUGGUUACGGUCCUCCCUCUGGAUUCUGUUACGAUAUCGCAUGCCAAGACCCGCCAAUCAUGGAUGAUGUGCGGAUGCAUGACUACAAUGUUCCAGACCGGGUUGCUGCGUUCAUAGCUGCAGCCAAGGAACAAGCAAAACACUACACAACAAACCACAUCAUGAUGACCAUGGGAUCUGAUUUUCUUUAUUCCAACGCGCACACAUGGUACAAGAAUCUUGACAAGCUCAUCAAAUAUGUAAACCAGCAGCAGAUGAACGGUAGCAGCGUUAACGUCCUCUACUCCACGCCGUCAUGUUACACAUACCAUGUGAACAGAGCUAACCAGUCAUACAAUACAAAGGAAGACGACUUUUUCCCUUACGCUAUCAAACCUCACGGAUUCCUGACAGGUUUUUACACCAGUCGACCUACCCUUAAAGGUUUCAUCAGAGACGCCAACAACAGGCUACAGAUCGUGAGACAACUUCAUGUCCUUGCAAACCUGCAAGACUCCAACGACAGUUUCAGUAAGAUUUUCCAGUUAGAGGAGGCUAUGGGGAUAGCACAACACCAUGACGCCAUAAGUGGGACGGAGAAGCAAGCAGUUGCACGUGACUAUGCUGACCGACUUGGCAGAGCGUUGAUAACAGUCGAGGAUGUUGUGUUAGAGGGGCUUGCUCGACUUCUACCAAACGGUAGUGUAACAUUUCCACGCUCGACCUCCUGCGGUGGCCUUCUCCCUAAUGUAUGCAAAGUACCACCUACAACAACAAAGCUACAACUGAUAGUAUGGAACCCACUCACCCGCCCCACUACAAAUUAUAUAAGGGUAAUAGUAUUCACAUCUGGUUGGACCGUAGUAGGACCGAGUGGCGAGCAACUGCAGUACGAUGUUUUUGACGUGUCUGGAGGUGGCAAGGAAAUCAUCAUUCCUGCCUCGCUACCAUCUCUAGGAUUCAGCGUUUUCUUCCUCAACACACAACAAGGAUCUCCGAACAGCGGUCCUCACGUGCCGGUCAGACAAACAUCCGUAGCAGAUAAAGUGGUUGGAAAUAAGAUAGUGUCGCUAGUGUUUGAUGGCACGACCGGUAGGCUGAAGCAGAUGAAUAAUCUACAGAAGAAUAUUAGCAUGUACCUGGAGCAGGAGCUUCAGUAUUACCUGUCUUAUAACGGGGACUGUCAUGAUGAUGAACACCAAGCAUCGGGAGCCUACAUCUUCAGACCGAACCACACCACAACGGAGACGUUUCCUCGACAGUUGUUCAAUACGACGUACAUUCAGGGCAAGGUGGUACAGGAGAUACGCCAGGUAUUUAGUCCUUGGGCUUCACAAACUAUCCGCAUCUUUGAGGACAAGUCCUACGUCGAGGUUUCGUGGGCAGUUGGACCGAUACCCAUUGAGGACAAACAAGGGAAAGAGGUCAUAAGUUUGUACAAAACUGAUCUCAGGACACAUGGGCUGUUCAACACAGAUGCCAAUGGUCGUGAAAUGAUGGUCAGAAGACUAAAUCACCGCGAUACUUGGCAUCUGAAUCAGACGGAGCCAGUGGCAGGAAACUACUACCCUGUCAACUCUAGAAUUUACAUCCAGGACACGACAAGAAACAUACAGUUCACUGUGCUGACCGAUCGAUCUGAAGGGGGAAGCAGCUUACGUGGUGGAGAAAUUGAAUUGAUGGUACAUCGACGCUUAUUGAUGGAUGAUCACUUGGGAGUAGGCGAACCAUUGAAUGAGACGGGCGAUGACGGCAAAGGGCUCGUGGCUUUUGGAUCACACUACUUGCUUCUCGACACGAUACCUGCAUCUGCAGCAAGACACCGACUCCUCGCUGAAGACAUCUUCAUGAAACCAAUGGUGUCUGUCUCAGAGGCAGAUCACACCUUCCAGUCAUGGAGCGAUCUUUAUGUCACAAAUCGAUCGUUUAUCCAGAAAAGCCUCCCGGAAAUGUUCACCUCCUGACCCUCGCGCAGAUCCCACACGAUUACAGCGAGGCAACUUCAUUCCUUAUCUUCAGACUCGAGCACCAAUUUGAGAGAACGGAGGACCCCGAACUAUCUCAACCAGUAAAGGUGUAUGUGAAAGAACUGUUUACUCCAUUUGACAUAAUCAACAUAGAGGAACUGACUCUUGCUGCAAACAUGCCACUGAAAGAUUUGGAUCGCCUUGCUUGGCGUUCAGCACCAGCACAAGCAGGUUUUCCAGGAAGAUUGGUUCCAAAGGAUCAUCCAACAAAUGACGAUCCUUUUGACAUUGUUCUCAAUCCAAUGGAUAUCAGGACAUUUAAGAUCGAAAUUUCCUAUAAGGCAUUGCUUCGAAACACGUAAGUGUACAUACAUCUAGUUAAAAGUCGCGGGAUGCACAUAUUGUACAUGUACUUUGACGAUCAUAAAUCGAAAUUUUUCUGCAUAUUGAUUGAACUGCUGUACUAAAAUAUAAGUGUUUAAGCGCGGCAAAACUCUUGCCAUCAUACAAUUCCUACGACCAUGUGCUAUACUAGGUGAGCGUAUCACGCUGUAUCAGUGGAACCCAUUGCAAACACGUGCAAAAUACAUGCUACUUCAAACUAUCCAGUAAUAAAGAACCGUUUUUGAGAAAAGUA